AUGGUCUCAGAUCAAUUGUUGUUGGUAAGUUUGAGUUUGAGAUGGAAGGUUCAGGCAUUGAUACUUUCUCCAACGAGGGAAUUGGCGGCCCAGACAGAUAAAGCGAUAUUGGCAAUUGGAAAUUACCUAAAUAUUCAAGUACAUUCAUGCAUAGGAGGCAAAAGCUUGGGUGAAGAUAUCAGAAGGCUAGAGAACAGAGUUCAUGUGGUGUCUGGAACUCCCGGUAGAGUCUGUGACAUGCUCGACAGGAAAACUCUACGUCCUCGACAAAUUAAAUUAUUAAUUCUCGAUGAAUCUGAUGAAAUGUUGAGCAGAGGCUUCAAGGAUCAGAUUUACAACGUCUACCGCUAUCUUUCGCAUGAAGUCCAAGUAUGCUUGAUUUCUGCCACACUUCUAAAUGAAAUUCUCGAGAUGACUAAACUAUUCAUGACUGAUCCCGUAAGGAUCUUGGUCAAGCGUGAUGAGUUGACUUUACAGGGAAUCAAGCAAUUUUUUGUUUCAGUUGAAAGAGAAGAUUGGAAGUUUGAUACUCUCUGUGAUCUCUAUGAUACCCUUACGAUUACACAAGCUGUUGUUUUCUGCAACACAAAGCGAAAGGUCGAUUGGCUCAGCGAAAAGUUGCGGAGCAAUAACUUCACUGUGUCUUCAAUGCAUGGAGACAUGCCUCAGAAAGAGAGAGAUGCUAUAAUGAAAGACUUUAAGAACAGUGAAUCACGAAUCCUCAUCACAACAGAUGUUUGGGCUCGAGGCAUCGAUGUUCAACACGUUUCGUUGGUUAUCAACUAUGAUCUUCCAAACAAUCGAGAGCUUUACAUUCAUAGAAUUGGUCGUUCGGGUCGUUUUGGACGCAAAGGUGUGGCAAUCAACUUUGUCAAGAACGAUGAUAUCAGGAUUUUAAGAGACAUUGAACAGUACUACAGUACCCAGAUUGAUGAGAUGCCCAUGAAUGUGGCUGAUUUAAUAUGAGCUAGAGGUUGCA